AUGCUAAAAUCAUCGCGGCAAAAAUCAUACGAGACAGCCACAAAGAGUGAUAAUUUUCCAACUGGAAUAACGGUAACAGUAAUUUUAGAGAAGCCUUUUGGUUUAAGAAUAAACAAAGAUGAUUUAAGGGUAACAUCGGUUGGAUCACGUUGCUCAUCAGUUGGACAAGUUGGUGUGGGUGAUAAAAUUAUUGCGAUAAAUUAUGAAAAAUUGCAAACAAUUAAGGAUUUGAAUAAGCAACUUUCUAAACCAGGAAAAGAGGCAAGGGUUACACUUGAACGAUGUGGUUUUUCAUGUUGCAAACAUAUGAUAACAACCGUUGAAACAUUAACUGUUGAAAAGGGUAGCUCAUUGAAAGUAUUACGAGCUAUUGAAGUAUAUUUGGUGUUAAUUCGAAUAAAAUCAUUUCCGGAAUUGGAUCUAGGCGAGGAAUUUGGCUUAUCCGUAAAAUAUGAUAAUAGAGAGCAAUUACAAGUAGCAAGUGUUAUUCCGGGAAGUUUAGCAUCUAUACAUCUUCGACCUGGCGAUGUUAUUAAACAAGUAAAUGGCGAAUAUAUAACAAGUAAAACAAUGUUAGCUUUUUGGAUAAGGCAUGGCUUUAUUACUAAAAGUGAGAUAAGAAUAUUGAUUCAGACCGGAGUUGAAGCUGAUAUGCAUAUUGAAAUGCCAGAUGAUGUGCAAUAUAUAGCGCAGAAACAGCUAACAACUUUCAAGAGUCUAAAAUCACCAAAAUCUAUGAUGAGCUUGAUAAAAAAAACCAAUUCUUCAAUCGGAAAGCACAUCACAAUUUCCAUGGAAGAACCGAAGGUAAUCGAAAUAUGCAGCGAUUACGAUGAGAGAACUCUCAAGCGUGUUCAAAAAAGCAAAUGA